AUGUCAGUACCUUCCAAGCUGAAAAGUUGUAUGAGAAGAAGUCUUCAUCAUAAGAAUAUUAUGGAGGAAGCAGUGAAUUUGCAGAGCAUAGAAGCGUUUCUUUCUAACUUCGAGGGAGGUGAUGUUCAUUUGUCAACAGACUAUUGGGAUGAAGGCAUCGCAAUGUUGUGCCUGAAUUAUCCGGAAAAAAGAAAUGCAAUGAGCGGAAAGAUGAUGGUUGAUCUCGGUAAAUGUGUCUCUAAGUUAGAAAAGUGGGAAACUGGAAAAGCCGUGAUAAUUCUCGGAGCAGGCGAAAAUUUUUGUUCAGGAGGCGAUUUGGACUUCGCUAAAGCUACUGGAACUGCUAAAGAGGGAUUCUAUAUGAGCUACUACAUGCAGGACACAUUAAAAAGGUUUAGAAAGUUACCUAUGGUGAGUGUUAGUUUGGUGCAUGGACCAGCAGUGGGAGGUGGCUCUGAGUUAGCUGUCUUUGCCGAUUACAUAUUGGUUACUGACAAUGCAAAACUGGGAUUUGUCCACGGCAAGAUGGGCAUCAUCACUGCAUGGGGUGGAGGAACUAGUGAUCAACAAUACGGUUUUAGGAAUGGUCGCUCGCCAACCAGUGCAGCACUAAGUGUUAAAGAGAAAAUAGUUGACGGUCUUGAACAAGGUUAUCACAUGGGUAUCACUCUAUGUGAUCUGUCUAAAGUCUUCGACUGUGUCUCCCAUGAAAUACUUCUUGAGAAACUUAAUUACUAUGUAGUCAGAGGCGUCACUCUCAGUCUCAUUGAAUCCUAUUUGAGCGAUCGAUUUCGAACGGUAUACUACAAUGAUGAACUAUCUGAUUUCAAAGGUGUUAGAUUUGGUGUACCACAAGGUUCUGUGCUAGGGCCUUUACUGUUAGUUCAGAUUCUGGGCGAACGAAAAGCAACAGAAAUGCUUCUAUCCUCUAAGAUGUACAACGCUCAAGAAUGCCUUGAAAUUGGAAUCGCUUACAAGAUUCUCAGCACCGCUAACAGGAUCCAAGAAGCCCUGAAUUUUGUAAGAAAGUUGACAGUCAGUCACAGUUCUAUAGUGCGCUCUUUCAAAAAGGUGUUGGAUGUGGCGACAAAGGAAGACUUUGAAACUUCUUUGAGUUUUGAAUGUGAAGAGUUCAGCCCGAAAUGGGGCUCUGAUCUGAAUAAAGACGCACUGCAAAGAAAGAUUCAUCAUGUCAAAGAGGAGAAAUCAUAGCGAAUAAAAUAUCGAUAUUUUUUUAUUUAUUAAGAAAGAAAACUUUCGAAGUCUUGCUUGAUCAUCCCACUCUACUUCGAGUAUGUACUAGGUAGGUACUUCAAAGGCUCAUUUA